AUGUUUAUCGCCAUGAAGAUCCUUGUGUACUCUGUAUCCGUGUGGUCAGUCCUCCUCUAUGGAUUUGAACGCUGGGCUGUGCGCGUUGAAGAUGGACGAAAACUAGAGGCUUUUGACCACCACUGCCUGAGGACCUUUCUUCGAGUGAAGUAUAUCGAAUUCAUCAUCAACGAGACAGUCCUCACUCUUCGUGACAGUAUCGCGGGGAUAUCUCAGACCAUCCACGAAAUACCAAUAAGGUUGUUGAGUAACGUUCUCCGUUUUUCGCCUCACGACGUUUACUAUGCUGCCUAUUAUCCAGUGCCGCAGCCCACAUGGAGGCGUCGGAGAGAAAAGCAAUUCAAAGUUAGCUCGAAAACGUUCGUCAAGACAUAA